AUGAUUCAUCAGUUGGCUUUAGGAGGAAGAAGCAGUGUUGACGGGACCAGAGAUAGUUUAGCAGACUACAGAAAAGUGAAGCUUAUACAAGAGAGGAUGCGGGCAUCUCAGAAUAGGCAAAAGUCUUAUGCUGAUCGGAGGCGGAAACCGUUGGAGUUUGCCGUUGGGGAUCAUGUGUUCCUUCGAGUGACUCCUACUACUGGUGUAGGAAGAGUCAUUCGUGCUAGGAAACUAUCUCCUAGGUAUCUUGGUCCGUAUCAGAUCCUACGACGUAUAAGACCGGUAGCUUAUGAGAUAGUCAUGUCACCCCGGUUAGCAAACUUGCAUCCGGUGUUCCAUGUAUAUCAAUUGAGAAAAUACGUAUCCGAUCCUUCUCAUGUGCUUGAAGUUGAGAAUGUGCAAGUCAGAGAGGAUUUUUCAGUUGAAGCGCAACCAGUAAGGAUUGAGGAGAGCCAAAACAAACAACUUAGAGAAAGAACUAUCAAACGAGUCAAGGUCAUCUGGAAUGGUAUAACAAACGACUCUAACUGGAGUUAG